AUGUUUAGCUGGACUUUUUAUGUUUCAAUAUUGAUUGUGUUAGCAGGUACCUUCUUGAUACAUCGAAAUACGAAUACUGAUAUGGUCGAUAGUUUCAAACGAGAAGUAGACUUGCCCAUACCUGUACAACCACGUCCACCAUUCCCGCUUGUUACAGAUUAUUGUGACAUUGUUAGCGGGUUUGGACGUGGAUCUGCUGAAUUAGGCAUCCCAACAGCCAACGUGCCCAUAGAGCAGUUACCCAAAGGUAUAAACGAUCUGGAUUUGGGUGUUUAUUUUGGAUUUGCUCACAUCAAGGCUAUUGACCAUGGAGAACCCUUGGUCGAAACAAGGCAGGAUGGUAGAACUGUGGUUUAUAAUUACGGUCAAUACUUAAGUGAAGCAAAUGGUGAUUUAAACGUGCUCCCCAUGGUACUUUCAGUAGGAAAAAAUCCGUUCUACGGGAAUGAUUUCAAAACCAUGGAAUUGCAUGUUCUUCACGAUUUCAAGAACGAUUUUUAUGGGGCCAAGGUCAAAUUUAAUAUUCUGGGCCACAUCAGGCCCGAAUUGAAUUAUACUACUAAAGAAGCCUUAAUUAAUGAUAUCAAUAUCGAUAUAAAGAUUGCACAAAAAUUCCUAUCCACCUCGCCGUAUCAAUCAUUUAAACGUCAACUAUAG